GACAAUGGACUCAUUGACCCAGAUGGUGAAUAUGUCCUCAGCAUCCAAUGAAGCAGUGAGGUAUCCGGCAUGGAACUGGCGGGAUUGGAAAGGGUUUUUGUCCCGACUGUUUUGUCCUGUACCAGCGAUAAGACAAUAUCAGUACUUCCGCAUGACGACGGAAGAGCCAGGUGUGGUCACAAUGCGCACGAGAGUCGGAUGUCCAGAGGUCAAGGUUACAGUGACUAUGGAUGGCGUCCAUAUUCCAUACCAACAACCGCAGAUUGUAGAGGCCAAAGGACUCAGCCGAAACAGACAGGAGUACUUGUACAAAGUUGUCAGGCCAUAUCUCAGCGAUGCUAACAAGGAUGCUACUUGCCCUUGCCCAGAAACAUCACUAUAGUUAUGUCGUCGCAUCUAUCGCAUCUACGGCGAAAGAUUACACACAUUAUAAUGUCAAUAUUUACAGGCGAAUGACAAAUAACUUGAAACUUAUUCUUCAGUACUUUUUGAAUAUCCUUCAAUGUCUGUUUGAAUACAUUGGUUUAUUUAUAAAUCAUUUAAAUAACACUUUUUCAUAUCAAAUGAAAUAUUUGUAUUCACUUCUGCUCGUUUCUAUAGAAUUCAUGGCAAACGAAGGAUUCUGCAUACAAUAUAAGCUGUACGAUAAAUAAAUUGU